AUGACCAACUCCCUCUCUGUUGCUACCUGCGCCAUCUACGCCGUCCUUGCUAUCCCAGUACUCUACCUUCUCUUCCGACACGGUCGCUACGGCCUUCUAGGAUGGCUCUUCCUAUUCUUCUUUUGCACCAUCCGCAUAAUCGGUGGCGCGCUAUCAGUCAACAACACCAGCGUCGCCGCCAAUAUCAUCUCUAGCGUUGGUCUUUCUCCUCUCCUCCUCGCAACAGCUAGCAUUCUACACGAGGCUCGACACUAUCGCAUCCAAUCCCUCGACAAGAAAAUGGAAUGGGCCUUCGUCCUAGCCUACCAUAUGCUCGUCGUCGCAGGCGUGGCCCUAACAGCUGCCGGCUCCGUAAAACUUCAGGAACACAACCAGCCCCUCGACAAGGCUAAGAAUAUUGCCAAGGCAGGUAUUUCGAUUCUGGCAGUCGCGUGGGGGGUUUUGGCUGGCUGGACCGGGUUCUCGUUUAUUGCUCCCCGGGGACGGAAUUCCUCGCUCACGAGGGCAGGGAACGUCCUGCUUAUGGCCAUCGCCUUCUCGUUGGUCUUCAUCGGCAUCCGAGUCUUCUACAGUCUUGCUGCACUGUGCACGCAGAGGGCGUCGCUUAAUCCCGUCACCGGGUCACUGGCUAUUCGUGUAGUGCUAGGGCUCCUACCUGAGGUAAUUGCCACGCUUGCAUGUAUUUUUGCAGGGUUCAGGACGCAGGGGGCGGCACUGUUGGCUCAUGUCGAGGAGGAGAAGGUAGUUUCGGUUCCGCCGAAACCGUCUAAACCUUGGAUUUAG